AUGUGCAGACUGAAGCACAUCCAAAAUGUUUCUCAGCAUGAUAACGCAGAUGUAUAUAGGGAAUCUGAUAAUGAAUUCUUCGUGAAUUCCAUAAAUGUUCAAAGAACUAAAAGGACAACUGUGACUUUUAAGUUGGACACAGGGUCUGAAGUGAAUGUUUUGCCUGUGAAAACUUACGAAACACUGAGUGCUAAGAACUCUAAUCUUAUUUUAAACAAGUGUAAUGUUGUAUUAGAAGCAUUUGGGGGGUCCAAGGUUAAACCUGAUGGGUCAUUAAUGUUACAAUGUUCCUCAGAUGGUGUGGAUCAUACUCUAGAGUUUUUAAUUGUUUCUAGCAAGCAUAUACGUCCAUUAUUAGGAAUCGAUGCAUGUGUUAAACUUAAUUUAAUUCAGUUUAUAAAUAAGGUUGGAAUAUCAAUUAAAGAUCUUAACAAAGCUAUAAAAAGAGAACAUGUGUUGAUUCCAACAAUUGAGGAGAUUUUACCAAAGCUAUGUAAUAAAUCAAUUUACUCUGUUUUAGACUUAAAGGAUGGGUUUUUUCAAAUAGCGUUAGAUGGAAAUAGUAGUGAUCUUUGUACUUUUAGCACACCAUUUGGAUGCUAUAAAUUCUUAAGGCUUCCAAUGGGCAUUUCCUGUGCACCUGAAAUUUUUCAGAAACGCAAUCUUGAAAACUUUGGUGAUAUACCAGGAGUAUUGGUCUAUUUUGAUGACAUCCUCAUUGCUGCUAGCACUAUACAAGAACAUGAUAAAAUUUUAACAGAGGUCAUCAACAGAGCUAAAAAACUCAAUAUUAAAUUCAACAAGCAAAAACUUCAAUAUAGGGUUAGUGAGGUUAAAUAUUUAGGUCAUUUAUUUAAUGCGUCAGGCAUGCGACCUGAUCCUGAUCGAAUUAAAGCCAUUACUGAGUUACAGGAACCUCAGAAUAAGCAUGAAUUACAGCGUGUUUUGGGAAUGUGUAAUUAUUUGAGGAAAUUUGUACCACAUUUUUCAGAGAAAACAGCCAUAUUAAGGGAACUUUUGAAAAACAAAGUAGAAUGGCAGUGGUUACAGCUACAUUCUAAAGCAUUCAGGGAAUUAAAAAAAUUAAUUUCCAAUGCACCUGUGUUAGGAAUAUUUGAUAGCAGUAAACCUAUAACUAUACAGGCAGAUAGUUCUAAAGAUGGGUUAGGCUGCUGUUUAUUGCAGAAUGGGCAACCAAUUGCUUUUUCGUCUCGGAGUUUAAAUAAUAGAGAUUUACUGUCACGUUCCUUUAUUGAUACAGACACAAAUGAAAACAUGGAUAUGACAGAGAUUGUUCAUACACUAACAAAACAACUGCAAAUGUCUGAGAUACUAUUUUGGCCAGGAAUCAACAGUGACAUUGAGAAUAUGAUUUCUAAAUGCCUAAUUUGUGAUAGGUUCAGGCCUCAAACAGUAAAAGAACCUCUUGUUUCUCAUGAAAUUCCCAGUUUACCUUAUGAAAAGGUUGGUGCUGAUAUCUGUGAGUAUGCGGGGAAAAGUUAUCUAGUAAUAGGCUGUUACUUAACUAAAUGGGUAGACAUAAUUCCUCUAAAAAAUAAAAGUGCAGUGGAAGUUACUAGUAAAUUGAAAUCGAUAUUUGCAACACAUGGAAUACCCAAAACUUUAAUUUGUGAUAACGUACCAUUUAAUAGUUGGAAAAUGAAGAGUUUUGCAAGGGAUUGGGGAUUUGAAAUAAUCACUAGCAGUCCUCGAUAUCCUAAAUCUAAUGGAUUUGCAGAAAGGUUGGUAGGUAUAGCUAAGAGUUUAUUUAGAAAAGCAGGAUUAGAGAAAUUAAAUGAGGCUUUACUGGAAUAUAGAAAUACUCCAAUUUCAGGUAUAAAUUUAUCACCAAGUCAAAUGCUAUUAAGUAGGAAUUUAAGAACACGAUUACCAAUUACGCAAACAGAAUUGAAACCAACUGUAAAAGAUCAAUAUAGAGAAAAGGUGAGGAGUAAGCAGAAACAGGCUAAAAUCUAUUAUGAUAAGCAUGCAAGGGAAAGACCUGAAUUUAUUCCUGGGGAAAAGGUAAUGUUGAGAUGGGAAAAUAAAUGGGAGCCUGCUAUAGUUUUAAAAAAGCAUUCAACUCCUAGAUCAUAUUGGAUUAGAACAAAAGAUAAUAGGGUAAUUAGACGGAAUAAAUUCCAUUUAAGAAAAACUAAAAAUCAGAAUUUAGUGACAUUAGACUAUUAUGAUCUAUGUAAUGAAAAUGAGGAAAAUAUAAGUAGUGAACAUCCAAAAAUACAUAAUGAUCCUCACCAUCAAAAUAAUAGCAAUAAUAUUAAUCGUGAUUGUGUAUAUAAAACAAGAAGUGGUCGUAAUGUAUAUCGACCAUCCAAAUAUGAUAAUUAUGUAAUGCAUUGAUUCCUAUGAGUUUCCCAAAAGAGGGGAGAUGUUACAUAUAUGUGGCAACACACUAGUUGCUGGUCAAACUGAAGUGAAAUAAUAGUCAGUGAAUGUUAGUGUGGAAUAAACAAUGUGCUAUGUGAACGUGUUGCAAUGACUUAAUUAUAGAUCAAUAAAAUUUAAUACGAUUAAAACAGACCCAAUGUUUUGGUCACCACGUAGGGAUCGCCGGCGCUUCUGAGCAGGAUACGGGAGAAACUUGUUUAGGACUACUCCAUCUUACUUCCUACCUCUAUGGCUGAAGUUAAUUGUUCCCUCCAACCAUAAAUAAACCUCACAUACUUCACAACCAUAAAUAAACCUCACAUACUUCAAGAAAUUCAAUUUUGAUGACUUAAACCAUCUGCCUUUCCGGAUACUUCUUCAGAGUUGCCAACUCUCCCGAUUUAGGCGGGAGACUCCCGAUUUUCAACCGCUCUCCCGCCAACCCGAUUUACAAUAUAUUUCUCCCGACUUUUUCUUAUUCUUAAAAUUUCUCACGAUUUUU